UUGUCUGACACCGCUAUCAUAGUCGGCCUCGGCAACCCUGGCCCGCGCUUCGCCGAUACCCGCCAUAACGUCGGCUGGAAAGUGCUGGACCUGCUGUCCGAACAGUUGCAGAUCUCCCUGAACGAACGGCGCCCCAAGGCCGUCCUGGGCACUGGAUACCACGCUGACCAACGGGUUGUGCUGGCCAAGCCUCGCACAUUCAUGAACAACAGCGGAGAGGCGGUUGAGUACCUCCUGGCGCGAUUCGGCGGCAAUGGUCGCAACCUUGUGAUAAUCUACGACGAAAUGGCGCGGUUGCCCGGGCGUAUACGCUUGCGCGCCGCCGGAAGCGACGCGGGCCACAACGGCAUCCGCUCCGUCAUUCAGGCCGUCGGCGGCACGGGGUUUCCCAGGGUGAGAAUCGGAAUCGGCGCGCCGCCAGCGGGACUUGUUGCCCGCGACUACGUGCUGGGAAGGUUCGACGACCAGGAGUCGGAGGCAAUUCUCGGGGCGGUUGAUCGCGCCGCAGCCGCUGUGCGUUGUCUCCUGGUAGAGGGCAUUGACGCCGCCAUGAACCGGUUCAACCAGGACCCCAAAGCUGUCGAUGAUCCAUCCGAAUCGACACCACAAUCCCCAUCCCAGCCGCCUCGGUCAGAAGGCUCUGAUACCGGCAGUCGGUCGAGAUUACAGGGAAAAAUCUCAUCAGGCCAGGACGAGCAGCGACGCGGUAACACCCACCAGAACGGUCAGGGACAUUAG